CGCGGAGGGGGCUUCGCAGUUCCUGGGGACUCCAUCCGAAGCGCAGACCUUCCCCCUGGCCGGCGCUCGCUCGCCUGGGGGAGGAGAGUGAUGGCCACGUCCCCCAGAGUGACGCGCGGCCUCCGCGAGGAAGAGCGGGGGUUGCAGGGUCAAGGGUCAGAGGCCAGGGGGUACCUGGCUGGCUUCCUCUCUUAGCCCGGGACGCGCGCCGCAGUCCGCUCCCUCCCCCAAUGCCCUGUGGGGACUUUGGCUUUUUCCAGGAAAUGCCCUAGAAGGAUGGAGUGGGCCGGGCGGGGGCGGGGGCUGUUGCGGAGGCUAAAACCAAGGGUCAAGUUCGGGCUGGAGAAGGAUGCCUCAAGGUGGGGGAGGGGUGGGCGCCGGUCUCCUUCCCCCAUCGGAGCCCCCCGGUGCCCACCCCAGCUAGAGAAGAGCGUCCGGCGCCUCCGGGAGAAGUUUCAUGGGAAGGUAUCCUCCAAGAAGGCGGGGACUCUGAUGAGGAAAUUUGGCAGCGACCACACCGGAGUGGGGCGCUCCAUAGUGUACGGGGUAAAGCAGAAAGAUGGACAGGAACUCAGUAAUGACCUGGAUGCUCAGGACCCGCCAGAAGACAUGAAGCAGGACCGAGACAUCCAGGCAGUGGCCACCUCCCUCCUGCCGCUGACCAAAGCCAACCUACGCAUGUUCCAGCGGGCUCAGGAGGACCUCAUCCCCGCGGUGGACCGGCAGUUUGCCUGCUCUUCCUGUGACCACGUCUGGUGGCGCCGAGUGCCCCAGCGGAAGGAGGUGUCCCGGUGCAGAAAGUGCCGGAAGCGCUAUGAGCCGGUGCCGUGUGACAAGAUGUGGGGAGUGGCUGAGUUCCACUGCCCGAAGUGUCGGCAUAACUUCCGGGGCUGGGCACAGAUGGGGUCUCCAUCCCCCUGCUACGGGUGCGGCUUCCCCGUGUAUCCGACGCGGAUCCUCCCUCCGCGCUGGGACCGGGACACCGACCGCCGCAGCACUCACACCCACUCCUGCUCCGCAGAGGACUGCUACAACCGGAGAGAGCCCCACGUGCCUGGGACAUCCUGUGCGCACCCGAAGAGCCGGAAGCAGAACCACCUGCCUAAAGUCCUACACCCCAGUAACCCCCAUAUCAGCAGUGGCUCCACUGUGGCCACCUGCCUGAGCCAGGGGGGCCUCCUGGAAGACCUGGACAACCUCAUCCUGGAGGACCUGAAGGAGGAGGAGGAAGAGGAGGAGGAGGAGGAGGGCGGGCACGGGGAGUGA